AUGGCUGACGUCUCGGAUUGCGACCUGAGUGCAGACGACUUGCAUCUGUCCGAUACAAGCUCGGAAGGGAGUGACGAAGAUACAGGGGCGUGGAGAUGCGUCGACGCUGACGAGUCGCGAGUGGAGGUGGAUGACACAGACGCUUUCCUGUUGGCCAGCGCUAGAUAUGAGAACAGAGCAGCGGUUAAUCGACUUCUCCUGCGGAUGUUCGGUACCACACAGCAUCACACAGACAACGUGGACAUCUCUCGCUUUGUCUAUACGUGGUUGUACUCGUCGGUACUCAUCAAGCUGCAAACAUGGAUCAACUGCAGCAUGACCGAAGACGCAGUGGUGCCUGUCGACGACCUUUAUCGCUUUAUGGAAGUUGAAGUUUGGUUGAACUUCUAUCAUGCCACUUCUGAAGCCUUUUACGAUACGUUUAACCUGGAGCAGUAUUCUGUUGCUGCUCGUGUGUUGCCGGCAGCGAGAUAUCGGUCGAUUUUAGCAGCGUUGGGCGAGCAUCAAACACGUGAUGACAGAGCCGAUCGGUGGACGGCCCAGUGA